AUGAUGGCGGCCGAGGCCGGCGGUGAGGAGGGCGGCCCGGUGGCCGCCGGGGCGGCGGGCGGCGGCGGCGCGGCCGCGGGCGCCGGUUCCUACCCGGCGGCGGCGGCGUGUCGGGUGAAGAUCCCCGCGGCCCUGCCGGUGGCGGCCGCCGCCCCCUAUGCCGGGCUGUCGGCGGAGGGCAGAGUGGCCGCCGGGACGCUGGAUGGCGGAGCGGCUCUGGGACCGGGGCUCCUGGGAGCCGGGUCCGGGUCCGGGGCGCUGGCGGGAGCCGGACUGUCAGGGGGAGGCGCCGCCGCCGCCGCCGCGGGACCCGGCGGGGAGAUGGCUCUGCCCAAGGGGACCGCCGCUUCGUUGCCCGGCGAGACCUUCCCUCCUCUGCCGCCGCCUCCCCACCUGCCGGCUCUGGGCGCGGGCCUGGGCGCCGUGGACGAAGGGGACUCUCUGGAUGGACCGGAAUACGAGGAAGAAGAGGUGGCCAUCCCGCUGACCGCUCCUCCGACCAACCAGUGGUAUCAUGGAAAACUUGAUAGGACUAUGGCAGAAGAACGCCUCAGACAGGCAGGAAAGUCCGGCAGUUACCUUAUAAGAGAGAGUGAUCGGAGGCCAGGGUCUUUUGUGCUUUCAUUUCUUAGCCUGACAAAUGUUGUCAACCAUUUUAGGAUUAUUGCUAUGUGUGGAGAUUACUACAUUGGUGGAAGACGUUUUUCUUCACUGUCAGACCUAAUAGGUUAUUACAGUCAUGUUUCCUGUUUGCUUAAAGGAGAAAAAUUGCUUUAUCCAGUUGCACCACCAGAGCCAGUAGAAGAUAGGAGGCGUGUUCGAGCCAUUCUGCCUUACACAAAAGUUCCAGACACUGAUGAAAUAAGUUUCUUAAAAGGAGAUAUGUUCAUCGUUCAUAAUGAAUUAGAAGAUGGGUGGAUGUGGGUUACAAAUCUAAGAACGGAUGAACAAGGCCUAAUUGUUGAAGACCUGGUAGAAGAAGUGGGCCGGGAAGAAGAUCCACAUGAAGGCAAAAUAUGGUUCCAUGGGAAAAUUUCCAAACAAGAAGCUUAUAAUUUACUAAUGACAGUUGGCCAAGUCUGCAGUUUUCUUGUGAGGCCCUCAGACAAUACUCCUGGUGACUAUUCACUUUAUUUUCGGACCAAUGAAAAUAUUCAGCGAUUUAAAAUAUGUCCAACACCAAACAAUCAGUUUAUGAUGGGAGGCCGAUAUUACAACAGUAUUGGGGACAUCAUAGAUCACUAUCGAAAAGAACAAAUUGUUGAAGGUUAUUAUCUUAAGGAACCUGUACCAAUGCAGGAUCAAGAACAAGUACUCAAUGAUACAGUGGAUGGCAAAGAAAUAUAUAAUACAAUUCGUCGAAAAACAAAAGAUGCCUUUUAUAAAAAUAUUGUUAAAAAAGGUUAUCUUCUAAAAAAGGGCAAAGGAAAACGGUGGAAAAAUUUAUAUUUUAUUUUAGAGGGCAGUGAUGCCCAACUUAUUUAUUUUGAGAGUGAAAAACGAGCUACAAAACCAAAAGGAUUAAUAGAUCUCAGUGUAUGUUCUGUCUAUGUUGUUCAUGACAGUCUCUUUGACCGGCCAAACUGUUUUCAGAUAGUAGUUCAGCACUUUAGUGAAGAACAUUACAUCUUUUACUUUGCAGGCGAAACUCCAGAACAAGCAGAGGAUUGGAUGAAAGGUCUGCAGGCAUUUUGCAAUUUACGGAAAAGUAGUCCAGGGACAUCUAAUAAACGCUUGCGUCAGGUCAGCAGUCUUGUUUUACAUAUUGAAGAAGCCCAUAAACUCCCAAUAAAACAUUUUACUAAUCCAUAUUGCAACAUCUACCUGAACAGUGUCCAGGUAGCAAAAACUCAUGCAAGGGAAGGCCAAAACCCUGUAUGGUCAGAAGAGUUUGUCUUUGAUGAUCUUCCUCCUGACAUCAACAGAUUUGAAAUAACUCUUAGUAAUAAAACAAAGAAAAGUAAAGAUCCUGAUAUCUUAUUUAUGCGCUGCCAGUUGAGCCGGUUACAGAAAGGGCAUGCCACAGACGAAUGGUUUUUGCUCAGCUCCCAUAUACCAUUAAAAGGUAUUGAACCAGGAUCCUUGCGUGUCCGGGCACGAUAUUCUAUGGAAAAAAUCAUGCCUGAAGAAGAAUACAAUGAAUUUAAAGAGCUUAUACUGCAAAAGGACCUUCAUGUAGUCUAUGCUUUAUCACAUGUGUGUGGACAGGACCGAACACUACUGGCUAGCAUCCUACUGAGGAUUUUCCUUCAUGAAAAGCUUGAAUCAUUGUUGCUAUGUACACUAAAUGACAGAGAAAUAAGCAUGGAAGAUGAAGCCACUACUUUAUUUCGAGCCACAACACUUGCAAGCACCUUGAUGGAGCAGUAUAUGAAGGCCACUGCUACACAAUUUGUCCAUCAUGCUUUGAAAGAUUCCAUUUUAAAGAUAAUGGAAAGCAAGCAAUCUUGUGAGUUAAGUCCAUCAAAAUUAGAAAAAAAUGAAGAUGUGAACACUAAUUUAGCACACCUAUUGAACAUACUUUCAGAACUUGUGGAGAAAAUAUUCAUGGCUUCAGAAAUACUUCCACCGACACUGAGAUAUAUUUAUGGGUGUUUACAGAAAUCUGUUCAGCACAAGUGGCCUACAAAUACCACCAUGAGAACAAGAGUUGUUAGUGGUUUUGUUUUCCUUCGACUUAUCUGCCCUGCCAUCCUGAAUCCACGGAUGUUUAACAUAAUCUCAGAUUCCCCAUCUCCUAUUGCUGCAAGAACACUGAUAUUAGUGGCUAAGUCUGUACAGAAUUUAGCUAAUCUUGUGGAAUUUGGAGCUAAGGAGCCCUAUAUGGAAGGAGUCAAUCCUUUCAUCAAAAGUAAUAAACAUCGUAUGAUCACGUUUUUAGAUAAACUUGGGGAUGUACCUGAACUUCCGGACACUACAGAGCAUUCUAGGACUGACCUGUCCCGUGAUUUAGCAGCAUUGCAUGAGAUUUGUGUGGCCCAUUCAGAUGAACUGAGAACGCUCAGUAAUGAGCGUGGUGCACAGCAGCAUGUACUGAAAAAGCUUCUGGCUAUAACAGAACUGCUUCAACAAAAACAAAACCAGUAUACAAAAACCAAUGAUGUCAGGUAG